GUGAGUUGUGUUUGGUGAUUAUUUUAAGAAAAAAGUUAAGACUGCACCUAAAACACUGAUUACAUAGUGUCAACAUUACAAUGUGUUAGCUUUGAUACAUCACACACACGUAAACAAGUGAGUGAGCACUGCAGAUGAUCGUUUCAAGAUGUCGGACAUUUCAUGGUGAUGGCUUCACUUCACUUACUACAUUAUCACCAGCACGAUGAGCAAAGAAGUCCGCUCACUCUAAUCACAGAGAUCAACAGUCAGGUGGCGUUGUUCCGAGAUCUUCUCAUCCACAUAGGGACGUCACGUGACUGUCCGGAGCUCAGAGAGAAGAUCCGUAAACUCCGCAGGACCUGCGUGGACGCAUGCAAGCACACCAGUCAGCUCCUACUGCCUCAGAUACGCAGCGCCGUAGCUGAGGGCAUUCCCGCGGACCAUCCCCACCUCGUGUUGCUGUUCUUCAUGUGUCAGCUGUUUCUACGAGAGCUCGCCAAGUGUAGCAGACUCGUUCAGCUCGUGCCAAUGGACAUGACUGGCUACUUUGAAAACCGAGCAGGACCAUCCAAUCUGGGCAACGUGAUCAGUCAGAUCCUGCUGUGUAAGACGAUCGCUCCGGACUUUAACCAGGAGGAGAUACACAGCAUCGCUAAGGACUCGCAAGAACUCAACAGGAUAGUCCACGAGAUGCAGGAGUUCCUGCCUCAGCAAGAGACGGCUGCAGAGAGAGGAUCAGCGCUCGUGGCAGACGACCCCACCAGCAAGUGGACCAAGAAACGAAGGCGGAACUCCCUUUACCGGAACGUAGGCUCCUUCUGCUGUAUGUGCCGCCCCAACUACCUGUGAUAGCCUUCCUUAGCUUCACAAUGCAAUAAGUCGUGCCUGAGUGGAUCCCGCUCGCUGCGAUAAUCAUCUCAUCCUGUAUAUUCACCAUUAGUGUUAAGUAGCAAUACAGGCAGUAAGAUCUCCCACAGAAAUGUACCUUUUACUCAGAAGUACUAUGUGACACGUGUUCUGUUUGAAGUUUCUAGCCUUAACACCAAUAUUCCUACUCACAGGACGCAUGUAAUGUUGAUUUUCGUCACUUUUCUAAUUGAUCUAAUACUAUUUAACUUAAUGUCAAAACAGUAUAGGCUACCAAGAAACUAUCAUCAGGCAUCAGCACAGAAUAAGUACGAUGUAUUUUUGUAAGGAUUUCUUGAUAUUGGGGUUUGUAUUCACGUAUUCUAGCUCGAAUAUAUUGGUUCAACACCACUUAACUUACCCAUAGUCACAGGCGUCCAUCAACAUGGGCUAAGGCCCUCAUCUUCUAUGACACCCUGGGGCCAAUUGGUAAAGGACUUGAGGAUAAAGUAAGUGCAAAAGGUAGAGAAGAAUUGGGGCAUUAUGUUGGGAAGGCCAAGUACCACUUGGUGUACCAGUGGCCACAGCAGUAAGCAUGUUUGAAAAUUUAAAAACGGUGCUAAAACAAUAAGUUGACAAAAGCAAAGGUACAAAAAUGUGUAAAAUCUACAAUUUUGUCGACCCUUCUCUUUACUAGGGUUACUUCGUACCCCACCAGACACCCCUGCCCCCCUUAUAUAAAGGAUAUAUGGACGCCUGUACGCACAGUAUACAUAUUGGUAGGAAUUUUUCACGGAUCAUAUAAUAAAUCGGGACGAUAUAUUUUACAUUUAUGUAGGAUUUCAUUAUAGAAUCUCUUUCUACUAACUUUUUCAUUCAGCCCCACUUAUCAAGAAAUGCAAUUAUUUUUAUUUGGAAUACAGAAUAAUAAUUUUGGCAAAUUCCGAAUUGUAAACUAUACCUAUUUCAGCUUAUACAAUAAUUUAUUCAUCCCCUUGAUGAUAUUACUAUUUUUAUAUUACAUCACAUCUUGGCAAACACUUGGUUGUGUUUUAACUAAACUGGACCUUAUCGUCAACACGAGUGUAUUUGAACUAAUCCACAUUGUAUUUUGAUAUUUCUUGUUACAGGUCUUAAUAGUUAUAAAACACCAAAAUUACUGCACAGAAUAUUUAUAUCUUAGAGUAUUACCAAAACAUUACUUGACUUGACCAAAUUUGUAUUGUAUUUUGUAAGAUAUUCAACUAGAUCUCUAGGAAUUGUGGAUGUUGUACUUGUUAUACACUAUAGGACGUACUAGUAGUAAGGUGGUAGAAACAAUUCUAGACUAGAACAAGUGAUUAUAGCUACUUUAUUUUAUAGAUAGUUAUUGUAUGAUAUAUACCAUGGCAGUAUUUUGCCCACUUUUGUACUUGAUCUUAACACUACUGUAAGUAUUAUUUUAGAAGCAUGAUACAAAAGUCCUAGAUACACUUUUAACUGCAUUUCAAUUUUUGCUAUCAGAACAUGUUUUCCAAAAAUACUCAAAAGUAUUGCACUCCUAUUUUCAACAUUAUUAUUGUGUGGGCUAAGUUUUCCGUUUACCAUUAGAAAAGUAGAUUGAAAACUAAAUACCAAACAAACUUAAAACGUUGAAUUUAAACCCUAAUUUUAUACUUUUAAGGCUGGUGCGAAUAAAAGAUUUGUUUAAGAGUAAAAUUUUAAAUUACUCACAGUUUCUUUGACUAAAACUAUUGGAAUCACGAAAAGCUGUAAAUUAGCAAAGCUGUUUUAAUAAAUCCACCCAACAUUUUUUGACGAAAUAUUUUUCAGUAGGGUUAAAGUUGUAUGUAACAAAUUGAAUUGAAUUUGCGGUCAAGUUGUAGGUUGUAAUUGAAAAACAGAAUUGCAUAGAUUAUAAAAAAAUGAUCUUUAAGAGGGCAUCUAUCUUGACUCAAUUACUAAUUUUAUUUUGAUAAACAAAGUGUAAUUUAGAAAAUUAUUAAAUUUUCUUUGCUUUAUUUUCAAGAUUUUUAAAAUUAAGUAUUACGUUUUGUAUAAUUUUGCCAUUAAAAAGUACCAAGUUAUGAUUAUCUAAUGUACUAUAACUAGUUAUAUAAUUAUGUUCAAAAGACUCUACAUUCUAUAACCUUUUGGUAAAAUUAUAAGCCCAUUCUUUUCUGAAAGGGGUUGUUUAAAAACUCAAAACGUGGCUCUACAUAUUAUUAACCAUUCCACAUACCGAGAUCAUGGAAAAGUUUUAUGCUACGUGUAUUGAACAAUACAUUUUUUUAUUUUACUAUUUUAUUUAAAUUAUAUUUGGUAAUAAAAAUACAAUUUAUUAAUUUCCAAGCUUAUCAACGUUAGUUACCAAUCGUUGCCAAUAAAUAAGUCGCAUUGUCUCAACAAAUCUGUUGAUAAGUCAAAUUUUAAUUUUGACUUCUUAAAAUACUAUUUUUAUUUUAUCUCUAAGUGCUCUGUUUGUAUGUCUUAGUCCGUAAAUUUUAAUAAAGUCAAUUGAUAAUGUUAAAAUAUUGUAUUUAUAACAAGAAUUGUUAAAGCAUU